CAAAUUAGUGUCGAGAGGUUUAACCCCACAUUCUACACGGAUGUGUUCGCUCAAGCGAUGCCCGUUUGUGUGGGAUUGACUUUUGUAGAUACAUCACCGAUACUGUGAUGUUUAUUUUAAAAUAGUGUCCGAAUAAACAGGAUGUAUGUUAAAAAGUCCUACCAGGCUAUGAUGUUGAGAGUGGUCUUGGUUUUGUUGACGCUGGCUUCUGCAAUAAUACCAGCAACUGCAAUACUUGAGGAACUUCCGGUUAAAGUGUUUUGCGAAGGUGGCUGGACAGAGUUCUCCCUGGAUACAGGAAGUGGUACAAUCUGCCUCCAAUUCAACACGGAAGCGCGGUCGUGGCCUGAUGCAGAGAAACACUGCGGGGAACAUAUCGCGAAUUUGAUGCAGCUCGAUUUGCAAAACAAGUACUUCACGUUCACAAAUGUCGGAACACGAAUGGAAGUCGGAAAUGUCUUAGUAGAAACCCUGCGGAUGAAGGAGUUCUGGUCGGGCAUGCACGUGCAGAAUAGACGCCUCAUGUGGGACGACUAUGGGCCGCAAUACGUCAGUAGUGAACAAUACGCGUGGACAUGGGAUGAAGGUCAACCGGACCCUUCCUUUGGUAAAUGCGGGAAGGUCACAGCUGGUACCACCGAAACGAGGUCAGAGUUGAAGGAAGUACCUGUGGAGUUCUAUAACAAUCAGAUGACUAUCGCCCUCCACGACUGCUCCAACAAGUUGCCGUUCAUAUGCCAGAAGAACCCAGUGAGAUUAGAAUUGAAAACAGCUUCCUUCUGCGAGACAAAUUGGAUUGGGAACCAGUUUUUACCGCACUGUUAUCGGGUAUUCAAAGACGCUGAAUCAUACGAGGACGCCGUCAAGGUUUGCCUCGACAACGAAGCCAGACUAGUCGUUGCCCGGACUGCCAAUGAAACCUCUUUCGUUGCAAAGGCGUUCGAGUUCUUCAACAAAACUGACCAAUACUUUUCUAACAAGAAAGUAGACCAGCUGUGGGUGGCAAACCCAAAGUUCAACUGUUCCAAGUUUUACACAUUGAGACGCUCUGUGGUUCCAGCGGACGAUUGCUUGUCCCCGAAUUUAUUUAUAUGUACGAAACCAACACGCUACGUAGACGAUUCGAGCUUUGAGAUCGAAGGACCUUUCCUAAAUCCAGACUCUUUGUUGGACUUUCAACCAUUUGAACCGUUGCCGCUGACUGGCAAGCUACAUCGUACGCUCCAGGAAGGGGAAAUAGCAUUUCUGGAAACCCCUACAGCGAUUUUGAACUCGACACACAACUAUGAACAGACCUAUCACUGGUCUCGUGUGUUCUACGAAAUCAUAACGUCGGACAUCAAGUUGGCUCCGUAUUACGUCACAGUAUCACUCGGAACAGGUGGUGAGAACCGAGCCAAACGACGAAAACGACAGGAGGGCGAAGUUUAUGUAAACUUCAGAGACGUUUACAUGUCAACGGGCCUCUAUAGUUUCGGACUGUACAACAUCAAUCCUCCCGUACCGUACAAAGCGAGCCCACCAGUUCUUGUACGGUAUUCAGAAGCCGAUCUGUUUAUUUAUGUCCUCUACUUGGCCAUGCACCCGUAUCCAGACGGGCGUCUUCCUGUGAAUCCCGAAGCUGCAAACAAAUUUAACAUGAUGAAGGACAUUAACGACAUACCUCCCAUUGCUCAAGCGGCAAAUUGCAUUUUAAACACAUGUGAAGACAUGACCUGGAGCGGUUAUGCAGGACAUGUAGAAUCAAUCAGCAACGCCACAGUUAAGUUCCGCCUCUUCGUACGGCCGCAGUACUCUCGGCUGGUCCCAACCAUGGAUCUGGACCAGAAAGUGAUGCAUACCCUGAAAUUGAAGGUGCUUGGCCUCAUCGAUCAAGAAACAGAAUACGAUGGGUUAAAAUACCGUUUUUGGGACAACUCUUCUGUCGUCCUCAGAAGCACCGUCUCAUGUCCGAGGCUUGAGAUGCAAGUGGACCGGAAGGUGUCAACAUUCCCGGCUACACGCAUUGAAGAGACGGGAUACAGCUGGGAGAGAUGCUAUCCAGACAACAAAGCCCUGGCGACUGCGGACUGCACCGGAAGUUACGAGACUGGGGCCGUCUGGGGAAAAACCCUGUUUGCCACUGGCUGCGGGACGGUGCCGGGAUACAAUCAGUCCAGUAGCACCUCGAGUCUGAAGGAUCUUGCAGAGACCGCUGUGGACGAGGAUAACUACAUUGACAUCCUACGGAAUACCGUCAAUCUGACGGUACCUGACGUUAACGUCACAGAGGCUGACGUAAUAUACACGGCGGACAUACUGAGUAACUUGCACGAUGCAGACUUAAAGAUCAACGAUACGGUAUUGAGCUCCGUUUUGAAAAUAACCAACAACAUGCUCUUCACUGACAGAGCAGCUAUCAACAACGCACAGAAGAUCACUAACGCCGCCAACAGAAUCGUAAAAUCAGUGGAUGAUCUUACCAACCGCAUAGAAUUGCCGCCACUAAUUGACCGUGACAAUUCGUCAGCAUCGUUUGUUGAGGACUACAUUGCUAGCGAGGUGUGGCAACAAAGUGGGGACGGGCGUGUGGUGAUCGGAUUCAGUGUCGACAGUGAUAGCGACAGAAAGAUCAAACCUGGGUCAGUAAUACCAUUGGCCAACGAGUCUGAACUACGAUUCAAUCAGACAAAUGCUGCAAUCUAUCUUACAGAAAACCUUGUAAAAGGUUACUUUACAAAGCUGUCGUUCCACGUGUACAGCAAAUGGUAUCUGUUCUCGGACAGCAGUAACAGGUAUGUCGUUCAGAGCAGCGUUGUCGCCGCUAGGCUCACCAGGAAUAACCGGGAGGUCCGAGAUCUGGGCAACGAGUUCGUCACGGCGGUCUUCAAUUUAUCAAAGACCCCGUCAAACCUCGUUUGCGCCUUCUGGGAUUAUAAUGCCAAUGAGGCUGCUGGCGGCUGGAGAACCGACGGAUGUAACCUGACACGUGACGCAGAUGACGACGAUGAUGACGACAAUGAUGAUGGUGAUGUCAUUGUCUGCAAGUGCAAUCAUCUGACUAACUUCGCAGUUCUGGUGGAUCUCAAAGCGAACAGUCAACUAUCUGAGACUGACAAACUCGCCCUGAGCAUCAUCACAAAAAUUGGUCUCAUUCUUUCCAUCAUUGGACUCGGACUGACGAUUUUAACCUUCCUGAUAUUUAAACAUCUCCGCAAUGGGCGUGGUCAACAGGUGCUUGUUAAUCUCAGUGUUUCCAUGCUGUGUUCCGCAAUUUUGUUUUUAGUCGGAAUGGAUCGUACAUCAUCGUAUGGCGGCUGCAUUGCCGUUGCGGUGUUGCUUCACUAUUUUAUCCUGGUAUCAUUCAUGUGGAUGUUAGUGGAAGGUGUCCUACAGUACCUUCGGUUCGUUAAGGUGCUAGGAACCUACAUUCCAAAUUUUAUGAUGAAGUCCAUGAUACCUGCAUGGGGCAUUCCGCUAAUUCCGGUUAUCGUGAUUCUGGCUGUUGAUUACGAUAUGUAUUAUGGAGGAAAGGGCUAUUGUUGGCUGUCUCGAGACCCGAUGAUUUAUGGGUUCAUUAUACCGGUGGCCGUAAUCAUACUCGCUAAUAUCAUCGUCUUUACCAUGGUGAUGUGUAACCUAUUCCGCCGGAAAAACAAAAAUAUGGCGUCUAACCAGUCGGAAAGAAAGAUGGCCUUUCUGCAUUUCCAGGCUGCCGUGUCCAUUUUUUUCAUUCUAGGACUUACCUGGGUGUUCGGGUUCCUGACAGUGGACGAUACCCGUAUCGUAUUCCACUACCUCUUUGCCAUCUUCAACGCAUUCCAGGGACUUUGUGUGUUCCUUCUUUUCACCGCCAGGGAGAAACAGAUACAAAACGCAUGGAGGAAGUUAUGCUGCGGCCGAUCCCAGUACAAGGCGACCAGCUCGGGCUCGGAUGACACCAGGCGGAAGCACAGCAAUGGCGACACCAACAGCACUGGCCUCAGCAAGUCUGACAAGGGGCUUGAUCUGUCUACGACUCGAUAAAGAGAUUAUUCGAUAAAGAGACGGCUCGAUAUAGAGACGCUCACCGUUGUAUACAAUGUGGUCGUCGCUUGAAAUAAAUAAAUAAACCCUUAUAAAUGAGCCUUGUUCUGGACAAAGUAUGCUUCAUUCUUAAUUAACGUGCGUAAAGUGUCGUCCUAGAUAAGUGUUUGCAGUCAGCACAGGCUUAUCAGGAUCAGGGACGACACUUUUUGCAUGUAUUGUAUUUUGCAAUAAAAGGAAGUCUCUUCUUGGCAAACAUCCAAUAAUCUCUAAUAAGCCUGUGCGGAUAGUACUGACUAACAUGGAAAGACGCUUUACGCACAUGAAUUAAGCGCUGUUUCCCUAUGCACGAUUCGAAUUAUUAUAUUUGAUUGGGAAGCGGGCGAGGCAUGGUAUUGUAAUGCGC